AUGUCCACCGACGACGUCGCGGCGGCCGCGCGUUGGAGCGCCGUGUCGCUGCGUUCACCCUGGAGGAGCGCCAAGAGCGAAGUCGCAGCAGCCACCAUCGCCCUCCAUGCCCAGGCGGCGGCCAUCCUCAACAUCAAGUCCCUCGUGCCGGUCGUCCUCGACCUCACCUCGCCCCACUUCAACCGGUGGCGUGGCCUCUUCCUCAACACGCUCGAGCGGUACGCGCUUGCGGACCACGUUCUCUCCAAUGACGAUCGUUCCGACGAUGUCACAUGGAAGCGCAUGGACUGCGUCGUCCUCUCGUGGCUCUACGGGACGAUCACCGCCGAUCUUCUCGAGGUGGUGAUGAACCGCGAGGACGGGCCGCCCACGGCUCGCAUCGUCUGGCUGGGGCUGGAGCAGCAAUUUAUCGGCAACAAGGAGACUCGUGCGCUCCUCCUCGACGCUGAGUUCCGUACUUUCGUCCAGGGCGAUCUCUCCAUCGACGACUAUUCUCGUCAACUCAAGGCAAUGGCCGACCAGCUUGCCGAUCUUGGUGAGCCCGUUCGGGACCGCACACUCGUUCUCAACGUCCUUCGCGGCCUCAACGACCGCUUUGCUCACUUGGCGGCCUUGAUCCAGCGCCAACUGCUGUUCCCGACAUUCAUUGAGGUGCGCUCCGACCUACGCCUCGCCGAUAUCACCAUGAAGGCCAAGCAAGGGUCUCCGGCGCAGGCCCUGACUGCCUCCGCUCCUCGUGCCCCACCACCGACCUUCAACAACCACGUCGCCGGCAGCAACUCUGGCAAGAAGCAAACACGUCACGGUGGUGGCGGCGGCAAGAAAUCUGGUGCUGCUGGCGCUGGUCCAGCGUUCCUAGGAGCUCCAUGGGCCAACCAGGCGCAGCGGCCCACUCCGCCUUCACCGGGAUGGCAGCCUGCCUACGGCACAUUUCAGGCCUACUGGGCUGGCCCAUCAGGCGCCCUGCCGCGCGCACCGGGCCAGCCGCCUCAGGUGUUCUACGCGGGCCAGCCUCCCCUCGCCCCGCUGCCUGGGCCUCCUCCACUCGCCCUGCUGCCUGGGCUACCGCCUCCAUUGGCUCCCCUGCCAGGGCCGCUGCACCACCAGUUGCCGACGCCAGGCUUUGCUGGCCCACCCGCACCCCCUGGCUGGAUCAGCCACCCUGGCGGCUUUGCGUGGGAUCAUAAUGCUCUGGCCUCGUCCUUCAACACGAUGACACUAUAG